UGAAGAUCCGACUCGUGUGUGAUUCAGGCGUCAGCGCAGGUCGUUCUUCUUGACGGUGAAGACGUACGAAGUUUGCGACCAAAGUGAGUUAACGGGAGUUACGGACACAGAGAAAAAGCGAUCUUCACCAUGGGAGUUUCUGCCUCCAGUCUUUUAGACGAAACUAAAUGCAACUACAUCAGAGGACGGACUGAGGCCGAGCUGAACAACUUCAGCCCUCACUAUAAGAGGCAGUACUGUGUGUCGCUUUUCUCACAGCUGCAGGAUGAAGUGGAGCAGCAGCAGACAGUUAAUACACAGCUCCUCAAACAGAAGGAGCCACCACAGGCAUCUGAUUUGGUGUAUAAGGACAGCAUUCUGUACUUUGAUGACAGUAAGAAGUGGAAGGAGAGGUUUGCGACAGUGCGGGCAGACUACAGUCUGGAACUUCAUGACAGCCAGGAGACUUUUGCAAAAGGAACUCCUGCACGUCAAAUACUCCAGCUCACAGGGGGUACUGUGCUGACCUCAGAGGAGAAAUAUUCUGCUCUAGUGGACAAGGCUUUCCCUGACCUGAACAGUUCGAAAGAGGAGUCCGCUACACCCAUGGUGACUGUUCCAGGUCCAUUUCCCGUCUUCCUGAAACUCCCGUACAGGAGAGAUGCCUACUUCAGCUUCAAAGAGGAGGACCAACAGAUUCGCUUUGUCUCUAUUCUGUCUGACUGCAUCCGCCAUCAAAACCACGACACUCUGAAGAAGACGACCUGUGAAGUCCAAGCCUUCCUUAAGGCCAUUCAUUUCUACAGGCAGGAGAAAGGACAUUAUGAAUCGUGGGAGAUGUUAGUGGGCACCGACUGUCAACAGGUGUUGGCCAACCUGGUGAUGGAGGAGCUGCUGCCAUCUUUGCAGACAGAGCUAUUGCCCAGACUGAAGGGGAAGAAGGCUGAAAGAAAGAGAGUGUGGUUCAUGACGGUGGAGGCGACGUAUGAGCUGGUGCAGGAGCAGCUGAAAGAAGGACUGCAGAGACUGAAGGAGGAGUGCAGUGAGAAAGCCAAACAGCAGGAAACACGCAUUCGUUCUGACAUGGACCAAAUCAUCGAUUCCUGGAAUUUCCUCAAGUCCAAACUACAAGGCCUUGUCUCAGAGCCAGUGAUGAAGUUCUGCUCUGAGAGUGUAUCUCCGUAUCUGGCCUCCAUUCUGGAGGAACUGAUGGGUCCAGUGAGUUCAGGCUUCCAGGCCGUGAGACAGCGUUUGGAGACAGAGUUAACCCGAAUCUGCAAGGACUUCCAGCCGGGAGGAACUAAAGAAGAACUUACUAAAGCUUUAGAGGAGGUGUCUCAUGCCCAGAUGGAGGACUGCUAUCAGCAUGUCAUCGUACUGAAGGAACAGCUGCAGGAGCUGCGCAGCCGCUUCAGGUUCUCCAACUCCACAUUGGUGGUGCACAAGACACAGAGCCAUAUGCAGCAGCUGAUGGAGAAUGCUGUGUACACUUUCGAGUUGCUGCUUCAGGCAGCCAUGAAGGAUGAACCUGAGAAACUGGCCACAGUCAUGGAGAAAGCCAAGCUCCGAGUGCUUAAGCAAUAUGAUUAUGAUAGCAGCACAGUGAGGAAGAGGAUUUUCCAGGAGGCUCUGGUGGACAUCACCCUGCCAGCGAUCAGGAGAAACCUGGCACCCAGCUGUAAAACUGAGCUGCAAAACUAUGAGCAGUACAUCUUUGCUGAUUACACAAACUUCAUCCAAGUGGAGAACGUCUAUGAGGAUAUCUUGCUGAACGCCCUGAAUAAUGAAGUGAAUAAAGUGGUGAAAGAAGCGGCCACUCUGAAGAAGCACAACUUGUUUGUAGACAGCACCGAGCUGCAGUGUCUUAGUCAGAGCAGUCUGACUGACAGCCGCACUCCACCUCGCUCAGCCCCCUCCAGUCCAGCCAAAGUACAGUCUUCAGUUGUGGCACAAAAAGCUGAGCAGACUUCCAGUUCUGUGUUGGUGGAAAAUGGCAGUUCAGAGAAGCAACCAGUGGAGGAGAAACAAGAGUUUGCAGAUGAAUCAUCUCAAACAGUUGAUGCCCAACUGUCUAAGGCCAGUGAGCUUUCAGAAGUUCCCAGUAUCCCAUCUUGUGCUUCUGCAGAGACCUCAGAUCUAUCUAAGGUCCCUUUAAUAUCUGUAACUGAUUCCUCAGAGCCAGUGGGUGAGAUUUCUGUUGAUGCUACAGCUCAGAGCCAAGCUAUGCCAUCCACUGUGAUUUCUCCUGUAAUCAUCGUGUCAGAGCCUGAGUCACUUACAGAUCAAACCAAUUCUGUCAACGUACCAGUUGAGCUGAACCCAGAAAGUCCUAUUCCUCCAGCAUCUGUGGAAGAAAAUCAGACUGUCUGCGCUUCAGAAGAGACAGAGGUUGACGCUGAAAAUAAGUCUCACUCUGAAAUCUGUGAUCCUGCACCCCCUGAGGAGCCACACAGUGGUACAGUCCAGCCUGAUACAACCAAUGAUGGAAAUCCUUCAGGUUCCCAGACUAAAGACACAGAUGACACUCAGACUGAAACACUUUCCUGUGAUUCAUCUCCCCUAAAAGAUGACACUGUGGUCAGUGAGACAGCAGCAGAGAUCGUGAUGGAGAGCUCCAGCACUACCAACACAAACGGACUCCCUAUGAUCCCUGAUCUUUCAGCAGGAGGUGACAUGACUCCAGAGUCUGCGAAGGUAGAGCCUGAAGGCACUGCAGAUCCACACCGAGACUCUAUCUCUGAGGAUUCAGAUGGAGAAGAGCCGCUUGGCAGCGUAAAAGCCAUCCGAGAUCUGGUGGUGGAAAUCAUUGAGGUGGAGGACAUUGUGAAUCCCUGUCCAGAUAGUAGGGAAACCCAAUAAAUGCCCCUUUAGUGAAUUAAUUCCUAGAGGACUUACUGAACAUGAGCUUUUAUAAACAACUAAACAAAAUCGUACUGCGAUUGCAUCGAACUCAGUUACAGUUUUAAUAUUGUAAUUAAAUCUCAUCACACUGACAUUCCAAGAAUAAAAAGGAUAUCAGAAGUUUAUAUCAUUUUUCAAAUAUUGUUUAGUUAGCACAACACUUUGUAUGUAACACAUAUUCUCCUUCGAUUUCUCCUCUGAAUUUUAUUUGCAAAUGCUUGUAUAUUAUUUAGUAUAAAAUAAAAGCUCUAAUGAGGGAACAAUGUUUUACGCGGUACAUCAGUGAGCCCCAGUGCCACUGAGUGUGUAACCUUGAGUAGGUGAAUGUUUAAGUACAGUACGUCUCAUAUAUAUAUUGGUUUUGUAACUGCAAUCAACUGAUAUUUUCUACCUAGCAUGAUAAGUCUUCAAAAUGAAUGAAAUAAAUUCAAAAUGUGAGUCUUAAAUGCAAUGGUUUAUUGCAAUGGUUAAAUGCAAAGGUAAUAGAGAUUCCUGAUACAGUUAGUAUGCCUGUGUAAAACAUUUCUGCAAUUAAAAUAUUUGCUUAGCUUA